CAACGAUUUCCACUGGGUGAUAUCUCUCAAAAACCAUGACCGCGCAAGAAAGCCCCCUUCGCCACGAAGACUACACCAUCGCCUGCAUCUGCCCGAUGGGAGUGGAACAAGCCCCCGUCGAAGCGAUGCUCGACGAAACCCACUGCAGCCUACCCAUCCGCCAUGGCAUGGGGAGUUACACCUUAGGCCGUAUGAGCAAACACAAGCUCGUCAUCGCCAUCCUAUCAACAACCGGAACCAUAGGAGCGACAGCCGGAGCGGUCCAGCUACUCAACGACUUCCCAUCAACCCGAUUAAUCAUCGUGGUGGGAAUAGCAGGCGGGAUCCCAGAUCUUGCUCGUGGCAUUGACCUCCGGCUAGGCGACGUGGUAGUCAGCAGGCCGACGGGACUGUGUCCGGGGGUGGUUCAGUUCGACCGGGGCAAGGCUCUCUCCAACGGUCGACUAGAGCGGGCUGGCACGUUGCACAGGCCCCCAGAUAUUCUGCUGGCAGCUGCAGCGAAGUUAGAGGCUCGUCAUCAGCGCGAGGGCAGUGAAAUCCCGCAGCACAUAACCGCCAUGCACCGAAAAUACCCCAAAAUGCACCAAGGGAACUACAUCCACCAAGGCGCAGCGAACGACACGCUAUUCCUUGCGGACUUUCACCAUCGCAGCAGAACAGACUGCAGGGACUGCGAUCCAGGCCAGGCCGUUCAACGUGUACCCCGGGCAGACGACACGCCCGUCGUGCAUUAUGGGACGAUCGGGUCAUCGAACGUGGUGGUUAAGGACGGUCGCACGCGGGAUCAGUUGCGCGAUGAGCUCGACAUUCAGUGCGUGGAGAUGGAGGCGGCAGGGGUGAUGCAUGUCUUUCCUUGCUUGGUGGUCCGGGGUAUCUGUGAUUAUGCGGACUCGCAUAAGAAUAAGCGGUGGCAGCCGUACGCGGCGGCUGUGGCGGCGGGGUAUAUGAAGGAGUUGCUGUCGAUGAUUCCGUUGGAUACUUGGGUUGAGAAUGAGGGAGUUGAUAGUUCUGAGGGGAGAGGUGCAAUGGUGGCUGAUGCGGGAGAAACGGAUAGUGCUCGUGAUGUUGUCGGCCUGAGGCAGUGGGUCAUGGUUUGCCUGAUUGUAACUUUGAUCGUGUACACCUUCUCUGGCUUUCGAUAGGAGGUUUAUAAUGCUGUGG